AUGUUCCUUCCCCAUCAACAACAGUCGCUCAGGCAGCCGCGCGAGGACAAAGCUUUGACACUUCUGAGCUUCCGAUCCUACUUCGACAUCAACCUCGACUCCACCCCGCGACACGCCACGCUCAUCAAGACACGCACCCAUGCGACGUACGCAAUGACGAAGAGGUAUCGCACCGUGCAGAGCCAAGCGCUUAUUAACAUCAGCCAGGGCUACGAAACUGAGGAAGACCUUGACCACCUGACCCCGGAGAGCAAGACGCGCCAAUCCGCGUUGAAGUCAUCGGUGCGAAACACCAGCAACGAGACUGCAUCAACUGCGUCCCAAACGAGCAUCAUGCCCGAAGCCAAGCAGAGCACCGGCAAGCUCAAGAAGCCGGAACGCGCGCUUGCCCUUCUGAAAGCAAAGCAAGUCCAACAGACGCCGACUCCAGCAGUCCAAGGGAAGUCAGCGCCUGAGCCCGAAGUGGACCAAGAGACUGCGACUGCACCUGCACUUGAGCAGACUCCAUCCCCUAAACCGGCUUCGAGGCCAGCGCCGAAGACGGAAAAGACGACGGCAACUGCGAAGUCGGCAGAAGCUUCAAAGUCAGUCGCGAGAUCCAUCAAGGCCGAGAAGCAGGAGACUACUAAGGCUGUUGCCAAGCGCAAGCGAGGCAGUAAAGCCGCGCCUGACGACAGCGAUGAGUACCAUCCAGCUCGCGCGAAAAAGAAAACUCGAGUGCAGACAGCCGCUCCGAAGGCCAAAACUCAGCCCGCUCCACCAAAAUCAUCCGCAGAGCCUGUCGCGAAAGAAGCAGCUCUUACUAAAAACCAAAGCCAAGUCAUAGAACUCUCUGAAAAUGACAAGUCCAGCUCUUGGGACGGUUCUCCGGAGAGGGUCCAGGGGCCACCGCCUCAAACACCAGCUGCCAUAAGAUCGAGCCCCCCGGCGCCCGAAACGAGAAUUCCGACCAAGACGACACUCAUUGCAUUCGAUAAGUCGGGGCCUCGCAACCAGGGCAUGAAGCGGAUGCCCGGGUCUGCAGCACCAAGCAGUCGGAAGGUCCGCGAUUCCACUCGCCGCAAGGGUCCGUCGUCUGCCGCUAAAAGCAUGUGCACUACUUACUCACGACCACGAGCACCGUCGAGUAACGUUGCUGAAAGCGUCGGCCAAGCACUCAACGAUUUCGCUUCCACAAGCAAGCCUGCUGUUCCAGGGCAAACAGCAUUCAAGCAAGAAGCUUCGAAACCUGCGGUGUCGAGAUUUGAAGCCACACAGUCUGCAGCGGCGGGACAAGAAGUUUACAACACGGCGCCUACGGCCGCACGAGGGGAGGCCAAGUCAGCUUCGCAUCCCGCGGUGUCGAGACUUGAACCUCCACAGCCUUCACCGCCGAAGCCAGCAGUACUGAAGCCGGCGACCACGGCGCCACGAGAAGAUAUCAAGCCAGCUUCACAUCCUGCUUCAGAGUCCGCAGGACCCAAACAUGACGAGGACGACUUCGUUAACAUCAACGAAGGAUCUGAGCCGGAACCAUCUCUCGAGCCAGCUCCCAAGCGUCAGAAGCGAACCCUUCAGAAGUCGCCCAAUGUCAUCAACCCGAAGUCACACUCGACCGAACAGGGCGCAGCACUUGAGCCAGACCAUGACUGCGCAAUAACGAUGGACGAAGAUCCCGUGCCGAGUCAAGAUCUGAAAGCUGCGUUUGAUCCAGCUCCUCAGGCUGCCAAGCGCACAAUCGGCAAGGCUCCGACAGCCUUUGAGCAAGUGCUUCAAUCAUCGCGGGGCGAAGAUGCUACCUCAAGCAAGAAUGUCGUCCCUACAAAGGCUGCACCUGCCUUGGCGAAGUGUGAAAAGCUGUCCGUUGCGCACGAGAUGGCAGGAACUCCUUUGACCUCAGGGCCCUCUCAGAAGCGCAAAUUCUCGACCACUUUCGCUGUGCCCGAGCAGAUAGGAGAGCACAAGAACGGUCUCAAAAGACGCAGCCAGCAGCUGUCUCAAGGCUCGCAGACUGUGGACAUCAACGGCAGUCCAGUGCCGCCAGAGUUGGAGGUCGACGAGCAGUCCACUGUACUUGAAACCUUCUCAAAGGAUCAGUCAGCUCCGCUGUCUUCGGACCACUCGCCGCCUUUAUGGCAGCCCGUAUUCAACGCCAACAAGAAGCCGAAGCCGGCUUCCCCGGAAGAGGAAAGCAAGGUCAUAUCAAGAUUCACGCUCACCCAGGACUCUUCGCCUCGCCUGACAGCAGGAAUGGACGAACAGCUCAAGAGUGUUCAAGAGUGUGCCAGAUUGGCCCAAAGUCAGACACGGGACAUGGAGUUCGCUGGAAGAAUCGACGGCUCUCGAGGCACAAGUGAGGAAGAGGAAGAGGAAGAGGAAGAGGAUGGGGAGUGGGGCGAGGAUCCGGACAAAACGCUUGUCAACGACGAUGACGAAGAAGCUGCAGCGGCGCCUGCACGAUACUUGGAAGAAACGUCCAAAUCUUCCCCGAAGAAAACCGCGCCAGCCUUCUCCGAGCCUCUCUCCGAUGAUCUGAUGGCGUGGUGCACGACCCUCAAACCUCAUCAACUCAAUCUCUUCGAAGAGCUCGUGAAAGUGGUUCACCACGUCGUGGACUUCGCUGCCGAGCUUGAGAAUAGUAAUCUGCGUAUAUUGGAGAGCCAGCACAAGCAAGGUCUGAUCAAGCUCGAGCAGAGGGAGCUUGCACGUGCGAAGAAGCACACCGCACUGAGACAGAAGCUGCACCAGGCAAGAAAGCAGCGAAAGAGGGAACUGAAGGCUGCCGAAGAUAACAUCAGAAAGGCUGUUGCCAGCCACGAGGAGGCCGUGCGGAAGCGUGAGGCUCAGACUGCAGCACGCGAGAAGGAACAUGAGCGCAUUGAACGUGUACUGGAGAGUUAUGAAUGA